UCAAACUCUUGAGCGAGCUCUUAACCAACUGACGGAGGAGGUAUUUAUUUGUUGGUUUUCAAAACUAAAUUUAGAGCUGUCUGCAGACCCCUUAGCGGACUUGUCUGGGGCACUCUCGGCAUCAGGAAGAGAGAAGAACCGAGGCGACUUUUCGGCAGCAAAGGAAAGGCCCGUCUAGGCCUCCUCCCUUCCGUGUUUUCCCUAACAUAAAACGAUAGAGCCACAUGGCUUCCGCGGUCUGGGGGAGUGCCCCCUGGUGGGGCCCGCCGCCCCCUGCCCCAGCCCGCCCCCUCACGGACAUCGACUUCUGCUCUGGGGCGCAGCUGCAGGAAUUAACCCAGCUUAUCCAGGAGCUGGGUGUGCAGGAGAGCUGGAGUGACGGGCCCAAGCCGGGACCAGACCUCCUCCGGGCCAAGGACUUUGUUUUCUCUUUACUUGGUCUUGUUCACCGCCGGGACCCCCGCUUUCCUCCCCAAGCAGAGCUCUUGCUGCUUCGUGGCGGGAUUCGCGAGGGCUCCCUGGAUCUGGGGCCUGCACCCCUAGGUCCCUACGCCAGGGGGCCUCACUACGACGCCGGCUUCACACUCUUGGUGCCCGUGUUUUCUCUAGACGGCACUGGGCAGGAGCUGCAACUGGAUGUGGAAUCUUCUUCCGCCUGGCUCUGCCUCCCAGAACUGAUGCACGGAACCUCUGUCCGAGAGGCAUGGCAGGAUUGCCUAGGACCCCCAGUCCCAGGAGGACGUGAUACCAUCCACCGAACCGAAAGCGAAGAAAGCCCCAAGGACCAGAAAAGGUCCGUGGACCCGCCGAACAGUUACGUAACUGAGCCUGAGCCGCUUGUGUCUUCUUUGGAUAAAUCACCUAGUAACGGUUCGGGGCCCGAGUCACCUCUGCAAGAUAUAACCCAUUAUGGCUUUCCCGCACCGCUGAAAAAAAUGAAUGGUGACGUCACCAGAGCAGCGGUGUAUAAUCCAGUCCCACAGCCGUCGGAGACUCUGGAGGCGUGGCCCACAUUGUGCCCUGCCAAGGUGGCCGCGUGGUUCUUUGUUACGCUGGCCGAGGUCGCCGAGUCCCUGUACCCGGUCUCGGGUGCCCCGCGCUUGGUCCACGCAGCCCGCCACGCGGGGUUCACCACCAUCCUCCUGGCUACUCCGGGGCCCCCACGCCACCUCCUCCUUUUCGACCUGAUCCCUGUAGUGUCCGUGGCUGGCUGGCCGGAGGGGGCUCGGAGUCACUCGUGGGCCGGCCCGCUGGCCUCCAAGUCGUCCUCCUUCUACCUGGUGCCCGGCGGCCGCAUAGAGCGGCGGGGCGCUUCCGGCUGGCAGCUGUGCUUCGCCCGCCAGGAGCUGGCGCUCAAGGCGCGCAUACCCGCUCCGCUACUGCAAGCGCACUCAGCUGCCCAGGCGCUGCUGCGCCCACUGGUGGCGGGGACCCGGGCCGCGGCGCCCUACCUCCUGCGGACGUUGCUCUACUGGGCUUGCGAGCGACUGCCUGCGCUCUAUCUGGCGCGGCCCGAGAAUGCGGGCGCCUGCUGCCUCGGGCUGCUGGAUGAGCUGGGCCGUGUGCUGGAGGCCGGGAUGCUGCCCCACUAUUUUUUGAAGGGCCGAAAGCUCUGUGCGGGGGACGGUCCAACAGCGCUGCUCUUAGCGUUGGCCCGGCUUCGUGGGGACCCUGUUCGGGCCCUGUGCGCCGCGGUGGAGGAGGCUAAGGCUGCGCGCAAGGGGGGCGGCUUAGCUGGUGUGGGAGGCGGGGUCCAUUAAAGACUACUCCUACCAGGGUGGAGAAAGUGCUUCUGUUAACUAGCAGAAUGGAGGGGACUGCUCGCCUCUCGCUUGGGAAACUAAGAACCCUGGACCCAAAGACCUUCUAGAAGUCCUCCUGGCCCGUUAUCCUACCCUUCUUCCCUGGUACAGGUCAUCCCAUUUUGGAUUUUCCACUCUCCAGAUCUGUGGCCAGUAUCCCUCGCAUCCUGGUGCAGCCUCUGGCAACCAUCUUCCCCCAGUUCUUAUGGUCUUUUCUUUCAAGAGUCAUUAGGGAUGGGGGAGGGGGUAUAUUUGCUGACAAAACGUGGAAAGGAGAGAUAUGGAGACCAGAGAUAGACCAAUUUGGCUCACAUAAAAGCAGAAAUAUUAAGGAGGCUGGGUCCUCCCUCCCCCCCCAGAUCUCACUCCGGCCCCCCAAUCUCUUCAGUUAUUUUCCCCACUGUCUUCAUUUAGUUUUGUCCUCCCAUCCAGGGCAGUAGGGUCCCUUUCACCCCUCUCGGGGUGUCUGCCAUUCCAUCUAUCUUAAGCUCAGCCUCUCCCCCCAUCCAGGAUUCCAUUCAGUGGAGUCGCCACCUUGUCCCUCCUCCUCUGAACCCCGAGACGGUCGGCUUUGCCUCGGCUCCGCCUGCCUCUAUGACUGUCCCCACUCCCUGCCUCCAAGGAACCCCGGGGUUCUGCUCGCCCAUCUUCACCCCCCUCUUUCCCUGCGUCUCCGUCCCCUGCCCCGCCUCCCAGCUGGCUCUCCAAAAAGGGGGAGCUGCGGUAGUCGCCGCCGCCUCAGCUUCCUACAGCCGCUGCCGCCGCCGCCGCCGCCGCCGCCGCCGCCGCCGCCGCGCUGGAUCCAGCAACCAGGCCCAAUGCUCUGACUUUGCCGGACCAGGGCUCUCUGCGGAAACACCCUCACUCUUCUUUUGGUUCUUUAGGGGUCCGGAGGCGCCUAGCCGGGCGUGGGGGAAAGCUCCGUUUGCUGGGGACAGGGAGGGAGGAGCCUGGAACCGGAGCCAGCGCCACCCGUUGCCGGAUCAACAAGACAGGACAGGUUGAGGGGCGUCGGGGAAGAGAGGGGUGCCAAAGGCAGUCGCGGGGAGGAUGAGGAAGCCCUGUCGCAGAAAGCUCUGAUGCGCUCUGACUUGUAGGGGGCCUGUUCACAUUUGAGGAUUGGUGACAACGUGGGUGCACUCUUCUUGAGGGGCUUGUUAGAUUGGAGGGCGUGGGAUCUAAACAGUACCAGCUGUCCCCAAGGAAAUUAAGGGACAGCCAGAAAAAAACCUGGAUGCUCCUUAUUUCGAGGUGACAGAGGGCCCUCCAGACAACCACCUGGUGUAUCCACUAGGAAGGGUGGAUUUGGAGGUGACUUCAAAAGGAGUAGAGGGUAACAAGGUGAGGAAAGACUCAGCAAUUGGAACCCUGUGCCACUAGAAAUGGGGAUGACGUGGUGAAAAAAGGUCUUGUCCAGAGACAGAGUCUGGGAACCCCUUCUCACUGAAUGGGGACAGCCUUGAUAUUCUGAGACACAGUUUGGGAGGGAUUAGAGUGAAAAAAUGUGGGAGAUCCUCUUCACUUAGAGGGUGGCAAAGACACCAAGGUUGGGUUCUUCUCUGACAUUGUCAAGGCCCCAGUAGGGGUGGGUGAGCUAAUAUCCUCAAAGCCAAGGACCCAACCCCUUUAGAUUACAGGAGUGGAUUUGGCAUGAGUACUGGAUCCCCAAAAUAGGGUGGAAAGGUGCCUGGGGAUAUUGGAACCACAUCUUGGAAAUUUUGAGGGUCUUGGCUUUGGGAUAGGGGAAGUAGGGACAGAUAAAUGGAGGGCAGGGGAAGGCAGAGUUUUCUGUAGGGGGUAAAAGCCGAGGGUGGGGUUAACUGAGAGGUACUUAGGCUGUUGGGU